AAAAAAGGUUUAUUUGUCCUUGGUAGUAUUUUUUUUCCAAUUGGAAAAAAGACCACAUCGUAAGGAUAUCGUAACAUUAGUUACAAUUCUGUGGUGGCCGUAAGCCUUAAGGACGUAACGAAGUAAUUCGAUAAAACUCAUGAAGAAACUGGAACCGCCAUAUAGAAAUGAUUCUUUCUCGUGGGAAAUUAAUAGUUGCGCUCGAACUGUUGUGGCUGACUGUUGUGUGUAUUUAAAACCGUAGAUGAACUUGUAUUGUUGAGCAUGACGGUAACAUACACAGGGGAAGUUGCCACAUGUAGGGGUUUGGGAUGUUUUUUGAAGCUUUUAGCAAGGUGGAAAGGCAGCAUUUACAAAUUAGUAUGGAUGGAUUUGAUCUGCUUUUUAUUGAUUUAUUAUGGUUUAAAUAUAAUCUAUCGCUUUGUUUUAGACAAAUAUGGCCAAGAAUUAUUCGAGACUGUUGUGAGUUACUGUUAUGACUUUGGUAGUUUAAUACCAUUGUCCUUUGUUCUUGGUUUCUAUGUAUCUGUUGUGAUGACAAGAUGGUGGAAUCAGUAUACCGCUAUACCAUUCCCAGACCCACUGGCUGUAUUUGUGAGCGCAACUGUACAUGGUCAAGAUGAACGGGGUAGGGUAAUGAGAAGAACCAUUAUGAGAUAUGUGUGCCUUUGUGUAACAAUGACGUUUACAAUGAUUUCUCCCAGAGUUAAAAAGAGAUUUCCUACUCUGGAUCACUUCGUAGAUGCUGGCUUGCUUCAUCGCAGCGAGAAAGAGAUUAUGGAUGAUUUAAACAGGAAAUUUCCCAAAUAUUCCAAGCACUGGUUACCGAUCGUGUGGGCGUCUAGUAUAAUAACAAGGGCGCGGAAGGAGGGGCGGAUCAGGGACGAUUUCGCCGUGAAAACUCUUAUAGACGAGCUGAACAAGUUCCGGGGCAAGUGCGGGCUGUUGCUAAGUUACGACAACAUUAGUGUGCCGCUGGUUUACACGCAGGUGGUCACGCUCGCAGUAUACAGUUAUUUCAUAACGACCCUGAUGGGUCACCAGUGGGUGCAAAAUAGCAAGUACAAGUUCGACCUGUACUUUCCUGUUUUUACCACCUUGCAGUUUUUCUUCUACGUCGGCUGGUUGAAGGUCGCGGAGAGCCUGAUUAACCCCUUUGGUGACGACGACGACGACUUCGAGGUCAACUGGAUGGUCGAUCGGAAUCUCCAGGUGUCGUAUCUGAUCGUGGACGAGAUGCACCACGACCACCCGGAACUCGUCAAGGAUCAGUACUGGGACGAGGUGUUCCCGCAGGAGUUGCCGUACACGGUGGCGGCCGCUCAAGCGGAAUCGAUGCGAAAUACUCACCCUCUGCCGUCCACGGCCAACAUCGCUGUCAAAUCGGACGACCAAGAGCUGAUUACCCCGUCGUCACUGAAAAUCGACGGUAUGCAGGCCUACGUAGAUAAUAUGCAGAGCGGGCCAAUCAUGUUUUCUGCGAAGCAGAGCGUCAAAAGUAGGAAGGGCUCGAAAAAUAGCUUGGUCGGCGCCUCGGUGCCGGACUCGAUGCCUCGAGUGGCAUCGGUCACCGGUAUAUUGAAAAGGUUCUUCAGUAGGGAGGAGACCAAAGGCGAGCCGCCCAGCGGCGGCGGGGACGUCCAAGAGAUGAACAACCUAGUGCCGCGGGAACGCUAUGGCGGUAGCAGCAAGAAGGUCACUGACGAGGUCAUUGAGGAGGUGGACGAACAAACGACCCUCACGUCGCAACGGUCCGAGACCCGUCCCAGCGUGAUGACCGUGUUCGGGCCUCCGCCCCCUUCAAAUCCGAUCAACGUACCUCACGCGAACAGUUUCACAGGGGGCCGUUCGAGCGGCAGCGUGUACGAUCCCUUCCCCGACAUUUCAAGAUCCGCCCCUGGUGGAGCAGACACUACGGACGCCAUCAGCAUCGGAUCAGAGACGGACAACGAUGCUGACGACGACUUUGAAAGCUUGAAGAGGAAGAGAGACGAGGAAAGGCUGAGCAGAUUGAAGUUGAACCUGGCGCGGUCAGUGAGCUCCAGGCAUGGCGAUGAAGAAGGGGAGCUGCUGUUACGACGCAGGUCAUCGUCGUCGAUGCCCCAGACGCCAGUGUCGCCGCCCUCUCGCGUCGACCCUGGGCUGGAUAUUUAGUCAAUUUUAAAUACCCCAAAGUAUUAAAUUAGGUUAGAAGUGAUUUAUAUGCGCGUCGGCAGACAAAUUGUGUCUCGAGGAUCUUUUUGAAUACUUCUUUUUUUGUUUCUCUCGACAACCGUGUUGUUUUUUAAACCUUUUCCUGGGAGUGGCGAGGGGAG